CCAGCUGUACCAGCAUGUGGCGGAGUCCCGCUGGCCCAUCGUGUACUCGCCGCGCUACAACAUAACCUUCCUGGGCCUGGAGAAGCUGCACCCCUUUGACGCAGGAAAAUGGGGCAAAGUGAUCAGCUUCCUCAAAGGUAUGGGAGCCCCACUGGGACCCUACAUCUGCUUCCUGCAGCUCACCUGCCACCACCCUCUCCUGUCUUUCCCUGACACAAGCUUCAGACCCUCAGACCUCCAGUCUCAACCCUCAGACUGCCUUCCACCGUGCUGUCAAAAGCAUCUUCCCAACACAGACAUCUAAGCUUCCCAUAUCACACCUUCACUGGCUUCCUAUCGCUGUGGACCUAAGUCCAGUCUCUGCCCCUGGAGCCCCAGUAGAAGGGGAGCUGAUUACGAUGGACCCCGAGAAGCUGAUGUUUGGAGGAAUGCAUUGUCCAUACCCUACAAGCUCGGAGAGUGCCGGAGCUGGACAACCUUUGCUCCAACCCCACUGAUGGCAAAUGGAGGAAACUGGGGCCCAGGAAGGUGGAGGGGGAUCCAUCAGAAGAGCUUUUCUCACCUUGAGAGUCCCGGGUGCCACCUGCCUCUGAAAGUGGUGCAGUCACAGCUGAGCUCGCCUCCCAGCUGUCAGUGGCCUGGGAAACAGGAGGAUGGCUGGGAAACCGUGCCGAGGGCCUGGCCGCUGUCCACACCGGCCUGGGAGGUGGCCCGUUCUCAGAUGCCCACAAGCCAGCAGGGCCCACCUUCUUGUGGGGCAGGGCUGCCAGAGGCCAAGAAGAGAAGCUUCUAUCAGACAGCAUGCUGGUGGAGGCACGAGAGGCCUCGGACGAAGACCUGCUAGUGGUGCACACGAGACGUUAUCUCAACGAGCUGAAGUGGUCCUUUGCUGUCGCAACCAUCACAGAAAUCCCCCCUGUCAUCUUCCUGCCCAACUUCCUGGUGCAGAGGAAGGUGCUGAAGCCCCUGCGCACCCAGACGGGAGGAACCAUAAUGGCGGGGAAGCUGGCGGUGGAGCGAGGCUGGGCCAUCAACGUAGGUGGCGGCUUCCACCACUGCUCCAGCGACCGCGGUGGGGGCUUCUGCGCCUACGCGGACAUCACGCUCGCCAUCAAGUUUCUGUUUGAGCGAGUGGAGGGCAUCUCCAGAGCCACCAUUGUCGAUCUCGAUGCCCAUCAGGGCAACGGGCACGAGCGGGACUUCAUGGGUGACAAGCGUGUGUACAUCAUGGAUGUCUACAACCGCCACAUCUACCCCGGGGACCGCUUUGCCAAGCAGGCCAUCAGGCGGAAGGUGGAGCUGGAGUGGGGCACGGAGGAUGAUGAGUACCUGAGGAAGGUGGAGAGGAACCUGGAGAAAGCCCUCCAGGAGCAUCACCCCGACGUGCUGGUGUACAACGCAGGCACCGACGUCCUCGAGGGGGACCGCCUCGGGGGGCUGUCCAUCAGUCCGCAGGGUGUCGUGAAGCGGGAUGAGCUGGUGUUCCGGAUCGUCCGCGGCUAUCAGGUGCCCAUCCUCAUGGUGACCUCGGGUGGGUACCAGAAGCGCACGGCCCGCAUCAUUGCCGACUCCAUCCUUAAUCUGUACGGACUGGGGCUCAUCGGGCCCCAGUCAGCCGACGUCUCCGCACAGAACUCAGACACGCCUCUGCUGCCCCCAGAGGUGCCCUGACCACGCUGCCCUCCGCGCGGCUCCCUGCCUGCCGCCCGCCCGCCCGCUCCUCAGUGCUUCUCCUUUUCCAGACAAGGGGCGGGGGCCUCGCGCGCAGCUCCACUUUCCCCGCUGGGUGUCGGGGUCUCCCGGCCCUUCUCAGGGCGAGGGCAGAGGUCAGGGCCUGAGUCCCAGCGAGCCCCACACAGGCACGGUCACGGCCUGACCGGGCCCUGGGGAGGCAGUGGUUCUCCCGGGAGGGAGGAGGGCAGGUGAGGCUCCCCGGCACAGGGAGGGCCCUGGGGUUGGGGGGGUGCGGGUUCUGGUUUUCAAAACAGUAUGACCGUUUCAAGUCGAGGAAGCGUCCAUCUCUACCACAGUCGGGCCCUCCUCCCUCCUAUCCUGCACCCUCUCCUCCUCGCCCCAAGGGUGGGAGGCCUGAGAGGAGGCUGGAGCCAGGCCUUUGGGGGCCCGGAUUCCCAGCCGGCAGGCGGAACCCUGGUCCUGGAUGUGAGGGGCAGCAGGGAAGAGGGUGCAGGUGAGUUUUCCUGUCCGGCUCCUCCUUCAAUAAAGCAAGGGCUGGACCUGCUGUCCCAGAGCCCUGCCUGGUGGGGAGGGGAGGGGAGGCCUGAGGAGCCCCAGACCCCUGCUUCAGCAGCGUCUCGACUGUCCAGGGAGGGCGGCGGGCGUGGAGGAAAGAACGCUUGGCGCAGGGACGGGCCUCAGCUUGGUGGCUUGAGGGGCAGAGGAAGGUGAGGCCCGUACCGGAAAGCUGGGGAGGGGCAGGCGGCCAAGCGGGUCCCGCAGGACGCGAGGCCCGGGUGGGGACUGAGGCACUGGCGAGGCCAGGCUGGCGUUGCCGGAGCGGGGCAGAGGGUCUCCGUUCCGGCCUGCAGGUGGCACGGGUCGAGGGCUGGGCAGGGCCCUGGGUGGGGCUCAGCCUCCACUGGCCCUUCCCAGAGUGCCAGGCCGUGAUCGUGCUCUGUGUCCAGGGUCCCCGGUGGGUCCCGACCUUGUCAUCCGCUCUGCUCUGAAGGGGACACUCAGGACCCCCAGGAAGCCGGGGGUGGGGGGAGUGUCCUCUGCUCCGUCGCCGGGUGUGUUCCCAGUGCUCAGAGGGGGCGGGGAGGGAACGUGUCCUGUCCCUGAUCAGCCCCUACGGGCCUCCCGCCCGCUGCCACCUGCGGGUCUCCUGAAUUCCCCCACCUUCUGCCUCACACCCCUUCGCCCCUCCCUCUGCUGGAGGGGGCGGGGCGGGAAGGGUUCCAAGAUCACCAACUGUGGAAAACGCUGACCUCCCAGACCAGACCAGACCCGAGGCACUCAUCCGGCUUGGACGCCACGCCCGGCCCGCCCCUGCCCUUGGUCUCUCAUCUGACUCGGGCACCUAACACCCCUUCACCUCCAACACGGCCUGCGACCUCGGGGGGCGGGGGCGGGCUGGCCCCCACGGAGCCUCUGUUCCGUAGAACCAUAAAGGCUCUUCUCG